AUGAUGAUUCCAGUCGAAGAUCUAGAGAAGAGCAAGGACGAGACUACUGCAGGCUCGCCAUUGGCCACUACAGUUCCAGCAGUCGCAGCAGCCACUAAUUUCAACGGUAACAACGCUCAAGACGAUCAAGUAGAGCAAUCACAAACCCAAGUUGAAACUGCUAUCGCCUCUUCUGACUAUCCGGACAGUGCACCUGUUGCUGACGAGAUUGCUCUGAAAGCAAAAACAGCAGCAGUGGCAUCAAGACAAGCGCCGACAGAAAUCAGGCCGGAUACCCCAAGCAGUUUUUUAAGUUCCUUGCAAGGGGAAGAACCGGAUAUGCAAAGUGUCGACACAAGUUUGGCCCCUUCUCUCGAAAGUGAUGCUGACAGUGCUCGCUGGGUCCGUACUUCUCCCUUUGGAAAUGAAUCAUUACUCGACCAGCUGUCUUCGGCUCAAGGUUUAAAGGUUGGCUUGAACCAUACCUUGAACCAUACCGUUCCACCUUUUGAUAGAGAAGCGCCUGCUUUUGAAGAAUCAAAGGAAGGAGUUGCCGAGUCGUUGGAAAAUGUAACCGACGAUGAGUCCGCCAAGCCAACAGAGGGUGAAGCCAAGUCUGAUGAAUCAAAGACGAACGACACCAUGGCCGUUCCAGACGACAACUUGAGUCAUCCUAUGGAAGCCCCAAUAGAAUCAGAUUCGUCUAUUGCCCAAGUAACCCCCGCACCAGUGCUCGACGGCGAUUUGAUCGAUCUCAGUCCCGAGCCAAAGCAAAAUGAUACUGGUCCAACAGAGAUGGUUCAACUGGAAGUGGAAACUACGCUUCCUGAAAUUCCUGCAGAAGAUACCCAGACAUUGGCACAGGUAAACCAUCCCGAGCCAAUAGAUAAGAUUGAAGUCGUGGCGCCAAGACAAGAGGAAACCCUGAGUGCCUUCGAACAAGAGCUUCAAAAGGCUCACGAUAGUUCUCCUGGUCUUCAAGCGCUCCAGGCACUCCCAGGCUAUGAAAACGUCUUCAUCGAAAUCGACUCUUCCACAGCAGAAUCGGUAGACGAAAACUCUGAGCCAACACCAGUCACCGAUCAAGAAGCACAGCGCAUGAUUGACGAGAUCUACAAAAUGGCCGAGGAUGCUGACCUAGAAGAGGAAAUGCUUGCAUCGAUUUCAUCCGAAACCAUCACUUCGCAAGCCUUGAAUCGCAUAGUGGAAGAAAUGCGGUUGGCAGCAGAAAGCGCAAAGGAAGCCGUCGAGGAGAAAAGUCUGGCCAAGGAGGCGAAGAAGAGAACUAAAAAGGAAAAGUCCAAGAGACGAUCAUCAAAGCAACCAAUCGAGCCUCCACAAAAAACAAUCGUGAUCAACAAGCACAUGCCAAUGGAACAUGUAGUCAAACACUACACCAGGGACUACAUUCCUAAGCAGUAUGCGUCCAGCAGAUCCAACACUGUGUCCUUUGUCGAAGAAGUGAUCGAAUAUGAGUUCGAUGGGGUGAACGAUGACAUUACGGACGCUGGUGACUCCUCUACCGUCACAAAAAGUGUGACGGAAGAUUCAGUCCAGCGAAUGAUUGGGGAGCUCCAAAGAAUGUCAGAAAACAGCGAUACUGGCAAUGAUUCAGCGACUUCUGGAUCCGCAACCAUCACCCGCGACGAAAUGGAACGAAUGGUGGCAGAGAUCCGUUUGGCUGCCAAGCAAACGGCAUCAGAACCUGUCAAACCCAAGGAUCUCACCGAGAACGAAGCCCAACAAAUGGUCACUGACAUCAAGGCAGCUGCUGAAAGCGAAGACUCCGAGACAUCGAAAGAGCUCACGGAACAGGAGGUGCACAGAAUGAUUGUGGAAAUGCGCCAAGCCGCUGAAAAAGCCGAUUCCGAGGAAGCUGCCGAACGUGAAAUGCAGAGAAUGGUCGACGAAAUGAAAUGGGCUGCUGAAGAACAAGUAGAAGAAGAAGCCGAAGAACAAGCGUAUCUGGAACGAAAACGAAAACAACGACGCCGAAAAAUAGAGCGAAGCCGAAGUAGGAGCAAGAGCCCAAAUAGAAGUAGAAGCAAGAGCCACAGCCGAAGAAAAAGCCGAAGUAGGAGCCACAGCCGACGAAGAAGCAGCCACAGUCGACGACGAAGUUCGAGUCCAUGGAGUGACAGCUCCUCAAGCACCUCAAGCAGUGAGAGUUCAACGGACGACAAUUGGAGCAGUGGAACCUCAAGCGGCUGGAGUUCCAGAAGCGAGAGUCCAACACGCGAGCGCAUGAGAAGGGCGAGUCUCAAAAGAAGGAAAAGUCGAGCCCGAAGGCGUGGUUCCAAAUCCAAAUCCAAGUCCAACAGUCCCCAGGAGCAGGCUAUACACAACCGCUUUGGCUACUUGACAGGACUAAUUUCCAAGGAAGAUCUGCAAGAAAUCAUAGAUAAUGAAAAGAGGCGUCGAGAACAACGGCAACUUCUCGAACUCGUUUCACGUUCUGAUUUGCAAGGCAUUUUGGAUAGAGAGCGAAAUCGCAGAAGCAUUGAAUAUGAAGAUAUCCCUAUUGAAAAGAAGACUAAGAAGAAGAGACAGUCAAAUCGUAUGUCAGCGAAGGCAUUCAAUUCAUCAAAGAGAAGACACAUAUAUGAAGAAGACAAACCAACAAUGAAAGAAAAAGUGACCAAGCUGAUGCCGAACGUAUUCUCGUCAAACAGAAGGAAGAACAAGACGAGAAAGGAGGAAGAUGAGAUGCUCUCAAAAAUGGAGUCGCAAGAGUCUUCAGUGACAGCUCUUGAUAGAACUGUUCGCAAACCGUAUAGUUACCUCUUCUAUGGGAUGGUUUGCAUUGGUAUGACUGGUCUGAUACUAGCAGCCGUAGCUGUUGUAUCCUAUAUGAAUCAGCAGAAAGAGAAUGUGCCAUGA